AUGUUACAACUUCCUUCUGAUAUUCCAUCUUCAAUUCCAAUUGGAUCCAAAAUCUACAAAGAUGAUUGUAUGUACACCUUCGACACCCCAGAAAACAAUCCAUUAGGUCUCGAUAUCGAUCUCAAGACAUAUAAAGCAUAUUCACGUACCCAUAAUUACAACUACACCAAAUCAAACUAUCUCGAAACUGGGAAUAGAUAUUAUCUCAACAUAACCAAAACCUUAAAACCCCAACAAGAACAACCAAAACUCUAUGAUGAUGAAGGAGAAACCCCUCCCAAAAUUCAAAAAUUAGAAAUCAAACCGGUCAAAGAUGAAGAUUAUUACAAUACCUCAAUUACAAUCUAUGACGUUGCCGAAGAUAAAUCCUACACCCGUGAUCAAGUCUCACCUGAAUUUAAUUCAUUAAUUGAUGAAAUAUUAGCUGCCAAUUCUUCCAACACUCAGGAUGAAAUCCAGACCUGGCAACAAGAAAUCCAUCCCUGUGAACACUCCCUCACCAUCCCACCUACCGAGGUAGAAGCGGUUGAUUUAUCGAAAUGUCAUGAUUGUGACUUAAAAGAGAAUUUAUGGAUUUGUUUAUAUUGUGGUCUGCUCGGAUGUGGUCGUCAACAAUUCGGACUGGAUCUCAAAGGGAAUGGACACGCUUUGGGACAUUUCGAAAGUCUGAAACAUCCAGUCGCGGUUAAGCUUGGUUCGCUUUCACAAGAGGGAGAGGGAUAUGAUGCCUAUUGUUAUCUAUGUAAUGAAGAAGUCAAGAUUCCUGACUUGGCAGAAAAAUUAUCCCCCUUUGGAAUUGAUUUAUCAAAAUCGAUCAAGACUGAGAAGAAUUUAGUGGAAUUGAAUAUUGCCCAGAACUUAAAUUGGGAAUUCCGAUUAGAUGGGGCUAAUGGAGAGAAAUUACCUCCUGUGUAUGGGAAGGGAUUGACGGGGUUUGCGAAUUUGGGAAAUUCAUGUUAUUUAAAUUCUGUAAUCCAAGCAUUGUUUAAUUUGGAUACAUAUCAAACUUUUUUCAAACUGUUGAUAUUUCCUCCAUAUAACGUAAACCCAGCUGAGAAUUUAUGUUCCCAAUUGAUAAAAAUCUAUGAUGGGCUAUAUAGUGGUCGUUAUUCCGUGCCUGGUCAAUCUCUCAAAGGGGAUGAUUAUCAAUUAGGACUCAAACCACUGGCAUUCAAGACUUUAAUUGGAGAGAACCAUCCUGAAUUUAGAACAUUAAAGCAACAAGAUGCUUUUGAAUUUUUGUUAUAUUUAUUGGAUAAAUUAGAUACAGAAUUCGGAAUAACAUUAAACCAAAGCUUGAAAUUCGUAACUGGUCAUAAAACAAUCUGUCUGAAUUGUGCCCAUGGUUCAAUCAGGCAUGAAUUGGUAGACAAUAUCUCCGUCCCCAUCCAAGCGGAAGUCUUACUGGAGAUUGAUGGAAAGAUUGAAUAUAAACCGGUGGAAUUGAUUGAUAGUUUUAGGCAAUAUUGCGAAACGGAAGCUAUUGAAGGAUAUGACUGUGAUGAAUGUAAAGUGACUCCAAAUGUUGCAUUUAAGACUAGUGGAUUCCUGAGCUUUCCGGAUUAUUUGAUUGUUAAUAUCCAAAGAAUCGUUUUGCAGAAUUGGGUGCCUGUGAAGAUCGAUGUUCCGGUUGAAAUUCCUUAUGAGUUGGAUCUUGGAGAAUUUGUGGCACCUGAGUUUGAAGAUGAAGAAAUUGAAAUAAAGAAGAAUGAAGAAGAGGCAAGUGAGAGUGAGGGUGGAUUUGUUGCGAAUCAAGAAGCGUUGAAUAUGUUAUUAGGUAUGGGAUUCCCAGAAGUACGUUGUCUUAAAGCUUUGUAUAACACUGGAAAUUCCGAUGCAGAAGCAGCUACGAAUUGGUUAUUUUCCCAUAUGGAUGACCCAGAUAUUGAUUCACCUUUCAAUCCUACCCCAGCCAAGAAAAACACCGAACCCGAUGAAGAAUUAAUUGGCAAUUUAACAUCAAUGGGAUUCACUAAGCAAUUAGCUAAAAAAGCACUUAUAUUAAAUUCCAACCAAGUUGAAGCAGCAGUAGAUUGGUUAUUUUCAAAUCCAGAUGAUGAUGGAACAAUACCUGAAACCGCCAAGCCAAUUGUCAAUAUCUCCCAAGAAAAAUCUCAACUUUUGAAAACAUUAUUAGAAAAGAAUGAAACUAAUGGGACCAAGUAUAGAUUGCAGUCGGUCAUUUGUCAUAAGGGGACAUCACCACAUACUGGUCAUUAUGUUGUGUUUAUUCGGAAAUUGAUUGAUGGAGAAUGGAAAUGGGUUUUGUUUAAUGAUGAAAAGGUUGUUUUAUGUGAUGAGACUAGUCUACAAGAUAUGAGAAGUACAGGAUAUGUAUACAUAUUUGAGAAGAUUAAGAGUUAG